GGACGUUGACGUAUGCGGCCGUAGCCCGUGGGAUAAACAUCUUACCAGCACUAGCGUUGAACUGAAGCUAUCGUCAGUGCAAUCAACUAGCUCAAAACUAGCUACUUGCAAGUCGACUACAAGUACCCUACUUUCUCCAGCUGCUCAGCAAACUUCUAAUGUAUACGCACCGAUGAUGAACAGACAGUUUAUUGCCGAAAAAGAGCGCCUCCUAGAUCACUAUCAUGUGCUGCUGAUAACAACUGGCAGCGUAGCAUCUAUCAAAGCUCCUCUCAUUAUCGCAGGGCUUCUUCAAUAUCAGAAUGUCAAGGUAGAAGUGGUUGCGACGAAAGAGUCGCUUGCGUUUUACGACCGUGCGGACGUAGUCAAGGCAGGUGGACGCGUGUGGACGGAUGAGGACGAGUGGUUAGGAACAUACAAGAUAGGAGAUCCAAUCCUGCAUAUCGAGUUGAGGAGAUGGGCUGACAUAGUCCUUGUCGCUCCCUGCUCGGCAAAUACGCUCUCAAAAAUCGCACACGGACUCUGCGACAACCUUGCAACCUCUCUACUUCGUGCGCUGGCACCUACGACGCCGACUUACGUAUUCCCGGCAAUGAACACGCUCAUGUACGAACAUCCGCUCACAGCAGAGCAUGUGCGCAUUGUGCGGGAUGUUGUGCGGUAUCAAAUUAUCGGGCCAAUUGGAAAGAAUCUCGCAUGUGGGGAUGUUGGACUGGGUGCCAUGACAGAAUGGUGCGAUAUUGUGAAGAUAGUGGUGGAUCAAAUGAAACUCACUCGCAAAGAUGAUAAAUAAUAAUAAUUUCAUGACCGAAGGAGACUGUUUCUUUCGCCAUCACGUGCUAGCUUGGAUGUAUGAUGUUUUCGUGGAUCAGGAG